GAAUGGCUUACACACAAGGUUUCUUGCAGCUCCGUGCCCUAACCACCCCGGCUAGAGCUUGGCCACAGUGGGAAGUGGGCAGCACCGUGCGAAAGCACAUUGUUUGCAAGGCAGAGAAGGACGACGGUGAUGCCACCGCCCUCAGCCUUGUCUCUCGCAGAUUGGCCCUCGGCACUGCGCUCAUCGGUGGUGCUGCUGUUGCUGGAACCAAGGCCUCACCUGCUGCUGAUGCUGCUGCUGCAAAUCUCUCUCUGGAGAAACCUGCAGUUAGCCCAUUACCAGCAAUAAAAGCUGAGGAAUAUCCUGCAUCGGUUGUGGAAGCUCUUUCUCUCAAUCGAACCAGUUUUCCCGAGGGCUUCAUUUUCGGGACAGCGUCUGCGGCUUACCAGUACGAAGGAGCGGCAUUUGAAUAUGGAAGAAAACCUAGCGUAUGGGAUAACUUCACCCAUAGAUAUCCAGAGAGGAUAGACGACAGAAGCAAUGGAGAUGUAGCAGUUGACGAAUAUCAUCGUUUCCUGGAAGAUGUUCAGAUAAUGAAGGAUAUGAAUCUGGAUGCAUACAGAUUCUCCAUCUCCUGGUCUAGAAUAAUACCAAAUGGAAAGGUCGGUGCAAACGAGGAGGGUGUAAACCAAGAAGGAAUCGAUUAUUACAAUAACCUCAUCGAUAAUCUAAUAGCCAACGGUCUAGAACCGUAUAUCACACUCUUUCACUGGGAUACUCCCCAAGCUUUACAAGAAGAGUAUGGAGGGUUUUUAUCUUCUCAGAUUGUAGAUGAUUUUAAAGACUACGCAGAAGUUUGUUUCAAAUAUUUUGGAGACAGGGUGAAACAUUGGAUUACUCUAAACGAGCCAUGGUCUUAUAGUAAUAAUGGUUAUGCAGUUGGAACCUUUGCACCAGGUCGAUGCUCUGAAACGCAAGAUUCAACUUGUCUCGGUGGUGAUUCAGGAACAGAACCAUAUAUAGUUGCACAUAAUCUACUACUUUCUCAUGCAGCUGCUGUAGAUGUGUACAGGAAUCAGUUCAAGGAAAGUCAAAACGGAGUGAUAGGCAUAACACUUAUUUCUACUUGGUACGAACCAUAUUCAGACAGUGAGUUAGACAAAAGCGCGGCGAAACGAGCACUUGACUUCAUGUUUGGAUGGUACAUGGAACCAUUGACAUCAGGAAAAUACCCAGAGACUAUGCGUAAAUUGGUUGGUAAAAGAUUGCCAGAGUUCACAGAAGAGCAAUCAAGACUUCUGGCUGGUUCACUUGAUUUUCUUGGAUUAAACUAUUACACCACUAAUUAUGCUGCCAAUCGACCCAAAGUUGAACCUAGUCCUACGUCAAAAUCUGAACCUAGUUAUACCACUGAUGCAAAUGUCACUUAUCUAACUGAACGAAAUGGUAUACCCGUAGGUACACCGACGGCUUCUGAUUGGUUGUAUGUUUAUCCCAAAGGAAUUAGAAACUUGUUGCUCUAUGUCAAAGAAACGUACAACAAUCCUUUGAUUUAUAUAACCGAAAAUGGUAGAGGUAACGAUGUGAAUGAUGAACCACCGCAGACACUUGAGGAAGCUCUUCUUGAUAUUUACAGAAUUGAUUACUAUUAUCGUCAUCUUUAUUAUCUACUUUCGGCAAUCGGGGAUGGAGCAAAUGUAAAAGGAUAUUUUGCAUGGUCGCUGCUGGAUAAUUUUGAAUGGAAGAAUGGUUAUUUAGUGGGAUUUGGACUGAAUUAUAUUGACAGAAACGAUAAUUUGAAGAGAUAUGCCAAACUCUCUGCACAAUGGUUUACGAAUUUUCUAAGAAAACCAUUAUUUCCCAAAUGAAAAGAGCAUCUAUAGCACACUUCAGUUCAAGGCUUGGGAAGGACUCUAUAAUGUGUUGUUGCCAGUUUAAUAUUUCAAUAAAGUGUGUGCUGUUAAACUUUAUAUUAAUUCAUGAA